AUGAAAGAGCGCGUAACUCUCGCUCCCCGGCCAUUACCUCACCCUCGUCCUCGAGCCUUGUCAUGUCCACUCCCAUCUCCACCGCCAAAGUCGCGUCGGCCGUGGAAUCUGUUGAUGUUCAGCAAAAGUGCCCCCCAGCAGAGGACAUUAGAUCAAUCCCAAUCGGCUCUGGCACGGUUACCCUGGGAAAUCCGGCACCGAAUCUGGUCGGAGGUCCUGGGCCGCCGUUUGCUGCAUAUCGUUCGCGCGCCCAAGACCCUUCUAGCCAUCGAAUGCGUUGAGGGCUUCGGACCCAAUUUGGAGACCCGUCACCAUGGCUGUUGGGGUUGCCCCGAUGGCCCCCCAUUCGGAUCUUGGCUGGGGUUCUAUCUCGAGCCGCGGCACAAUCACCCUGCGAGAGCGGCCAAUUUGCUUCCUCUCCUCCAAACCUGUCGAAUGAUAUACACAGAGGCUGUCGCCGUCCUCUACGAGACCAACAUCUUUGAUUUCAAUCAUCUCGACUCCCUCCUGUAUUUUCGCCAAUUGGUCUUGCCUCGACGUCUCAACCAGGUUCGCAGGGUAAAUCUGUCCUGGAACAUCAAGGAGCCUGCGUCUUCAGCUGAUCCACCCAAUGACCUCACCACCUGGCACAGAGUCUGCGAUGGCCUCGCCUCCUUGCACGGGUUGCAGGAACUCCGGGUGCACCUAAGUUCGGAGUACUAUCUCCCACCCGGCCAGCACAAGAAGGCUUACUGGCAGCCUUUGUUGGAUCCAUUGCGACCCAUUAAGUCACCGGCAACGUCUGUCGUGCACCUGCCAUGGUCGGAGGAUCAAUGUGCAGAGGCUGCCCAGGAUAGCGGGUACCCGUUCCAAUUGAUACCUGGAGAGAAUGAAUUAUAA